AUGAUUCUCUCGAUGGACUAUCCAUCGUACACAACGUUUGGCCAAAACCAGUACGCCCAGUAUUACUCCGCCUCCACCUACGGAACCUACAUGACGUCCAAUAGCAUGGAUGGAACCGGCUCCUCGUCGGCCUAUCAGCUGCAAGACUCCAACCCCGUCAUGACAGUACAGGCCAAUGAGCUCCAACCAGAGGACACGGUGCAGAGCCCCAUGAAGGAACUGGAUGAUCGUGGCUGUCGGAGUGGGGGAGGAGCUAAAGCCAGGGGGAGGGGCCGCAAGAACAACCCCUCACCGCCCCCCGACAGUGACCUGGAGAGGGUGUUUGUCUGGGAUCUAGAUGAGACCAUCAUAGUGUUCCACUCUCUGCUGACAGGCUCCUACGCUCAGAAAUAUGGCAAGGACCCUCCCAUGGCGGUGACGCUGGGACUGAGGAUGGAAGAGAUGAUCUUUAACCUGGCAGACACACACCUGUUCUUCAACGACUUAGAGGAGUGUGAUCAGGUCCAUAUUGAUGAUGUGUCGUCUGACGACAACGGACAGGACCUAAGUACUUACAGUUUUGCAACUGAUGGCUUCCAUGCAGCGGCGACCAGCGCGAGUCUAUGCCUGGCGACGGGUGUCCGCGGAGGGGUGGACUGGAUGAGGAAACUAGCCUUCCGCUACAGAAGAGUCAAAGAGAUGUAUAGCACAUACAAAAACAAUGUGGGGGGCCUGUUGGGUCCUGCUAAGAGGGACGCGUGGUUACAGCUAAGAGCGGAAGUGGAGGCUUUAACAGACUCCUGGCUCACCAACGCACUCAAGUCCCUGUCAAUCAUCAGCUCCAGGAGUAACUGUGUGAAUGUGUUGGUAACAACAACCCAGCUGAUACCAGCAGUGGCUAAAGUUCUGUUGUAUAGUUUAGGAUCUGCCUUCCCUAUUGAGAACAUAUACAGUGCAACCAAAAUAGGCAAAGAGAGCUGUUUUGAGAGAAUAGUGUCCCGCUUCGGCACUAACAUUACCUAUGUCGUGGUUGGCGACGGGCGGGACGAGGAGCAUGCGGCCAGCCAGCACAACAUGCCAUUCUGGAGGAUAUCCAGUCACUCUGACCUGCUGGCGUUACACCAAGCACUGGAGUUUGAAUACCUGUAACUGUUACCGUAGCAACAGACUGUUACUGUAACUGUUACCGUAGUAACGGACUGUUACUGUAACUGUUAUCGUAGCAACAGACUAUUACUGCAACUGUUACUAGAGCACGGACUGUUACUGUAACUGUUACCGAAGCAACAGACUUUUACUGUAACUGUUACUAUAGCAACAGACUGUAAUUGUAGCAACGGACUGUUUCUGUAACUGUUCUGUAACUAUAGCAACAGACGGAACACACCAGUACUACUACUACUACUACCACCUGUAAUGGUUACCAUGGCGAUGGCAACGGGAGACAGACUGUAGUCCCCUCCCCCCGGCCUUCUUGUUUUUGUAUAUCUAUUUAAGAAAACAACCACAGUACACUGCAACUCUUUUGUUUUGUCUUCAUUUCUUUGUGUGUCUUUAAAAAAAAAACAUCUGGAUUUGAGUACUCUGAACUGUCUUA